GCUUUCGGAGCCCGCCAGUGCGGGAACCGUUUCCGAAGAGGCCACCGGGACCAGACGGAUCGGCAGGGCGGGGCGGAACGCUUUCAGCCACUUGAUUGGUUUGGAAUCGGAGCCUUUUCUCCUGCAAUUCCAGGUGUCCCUAAGGCAUCUGUUAUCCAGAACCAAGUGGAGGAAUGAAAGCGGCAGCAUCUUUAAAAGAAUGUUUAUUGGAAGGGAUUGCGAGAGCUUGCGAAGUCAUGAAGGAAAAAGUUUUUUAGAGUCAUUAUGAAAUGGAAAUGGUAAUACUGCACUCUGUGUGAAUAGAUUCAGUUUCCUUCAUCUGGGGCACAUGCGUAUGAUCAACUUUGGACUUCUUUUGAGAUUGGCAGGUGUUUGCAAUGGCUGCUACUGUGAACUUGGAACUUGAUCCCAUUUUUUUGAAAGCACUAGGUUUCUUACAUUCAAAGAGUAAAGAUUCUGCUGAAAAGCUAAAAGCACUGCUUGAUGAAUCUUUGGCUCGGGGCAUUGAUUCCAGUUACCGUCCAUCCCAAAAGGAUGUGGAGCCACCCAAAAUUUCAAGCACAAAAAACAUUUCCGUUAAGCAAGAGCCCAAAAUAUCAUCCAGUCUUCCUUCUGGCAAUAAUAAUGGCAAGGCCCUCACAACUGAAAAGGUAAAGAAGGAAGCUGAAAAGAGACCUGUUGAUAAAAUAAAAUCAGACGUCACUGAAGGAGUUGAUAUUCCAAAGAAACCUAGAUUGGAGAAACCAGAGACACAGUCCUCUCCCAUUACUGUCCAAACUAGCAAGGACUUAGCUAUGGCUGACCUUUCCAGUUUUGAGGAGACCAGUGCUGAUGAUUUUGCCAUGGAAAUGGGAUUGGCCUGCGUUGUUUGUAGGCAAAUGAUGGUGGCAUCUGGUAAUCAAUUAGUAGAAUGUCAGGAGUGCCAUAAUCUCUACCACCGAGACUGCCAUAAACCCCAGGUGACAGACAAGGAAGCAAAUGACCCUCGCCUGGUGUGGUAUUGUGCCCGAUGCACCAGACAAAUGAAAAGAAUGGCUCAAAAAACUCAGAAACCACCACAGAAACCAGCCCCUACAGUUGUUUCUGUAGCUCCUGUUGUGAAAGAUCCAUUGGUUAAGAAACCGGAAACUAAACUGAAACAAGAGACAACUUUUCUAGCAUUUAAGAGAACAGAAGUCAAGACAUCCACAGUUAUUUCAGGAAAUUCUUCUAGUGCCAGCGUUUCCUCAUCAGUAACUAGUGGCUUAACUGGAUGGGCAGCUUUUGCAGCCAAAACCUCCUCUGCUGGUCCCUCAACAGCAAAAUUGAGUUCAACAACACAAAACAAUACUGGGAAACCUGCUACCUCAUCAGCUAACCAGAAACCUGUGGGUUUGACUGGUCUGGCAACAUCAUCCAAAGGUGGAAUAGGUUCCAAAAUAGGUUCCGGUAAUAGCACUACACCCACUGUACCGUUGAAACCACCUCCACCUCUAACCUUGGGUAAAACUGGCCUUAGUCGCUCAGUUAGUUGUGACAAUGUCAGCAAAGUAGGUCUUCCUAGUCCAAGUAGUUUAGUUCCAGGAAGCAGCAGCCAACUAAGUGGGAAUGGAAAUAGUGGAACAUCAAGACCUAGUGGAAGUACUACUAGCAAAACUGCUUCAGAAUCCAGCAGCUCUUCCUCAGCAUCCCUUAAAGGUCCAACCUCACAAGAAUCACAGCUCAAUGCUAUGAAGCGAUUACAGAUGGUCAAGAAGAAAGCCGCCCAAAAGAAACUCAAGAAGUAAUGUGGCCAAGUAGUUUUUUAUAUCAUAAUAGCCUAAAGAUGAAAGACUUAUUAGGAUAUAAUCUGUAACAUACUGUAAUUUAAUAAACAUCUUCAUAAUCAAA